AUAGCCGAUAAUUAUAAGGCAUUGCGGACAUGGACGAAAAAUGUUGAUAUAUUCAGUGCGGAUUAUGUUGUUGUUCCUAUUAAUGCUGAUAUUCACUGGUUUCUGGCAAUAAUUGCUUUUCCACGAUAUGCCAUUGUGGACAGCAGUGAGUCGGAGGCAACGUCGAGUGAUGCGACAUUGGAGAAAUCCCGGAAAGCUCGCAUAAUCGUACUUGAUUCCUUGGAAGAUUCUAAUGAUGUAAAGAGGUCUGUCUUCUGUGUUUACAAAAAUGAGACGAAGGAUGUCUGUGAGUAUGCGAGAAACAUUUAA